ACGAAUUCGAACCCAGAAAACCGGCUCAAUAAGGAAGGUUUAAGCUUGUAUAUGUAGCAAGUUCAAUGUCAUAGCAUUCGGUGGUCGUCCACAGUUAUCGCACAAUGUCAGACAACGUACCGAUAGCAGAUUUCACCUGCCAGUACUGUUCUAGGCCUAUCAAUCUUGACGAAUCCUUUGCCAGUAUACAUCCUGAUGUGAUCGAGCAGAGUCACUUGGCAUCGUCCAGUGACGACGACAGCUACAGCGAUGACGGAGAGAUCACUCCCACCCGCACACCUCACGAGUCACCCGCCCUAUCACCCAUACACUCACGCACACGCACACCCACGGCCCACAGUGAGUCUACCCACAGUCCACACACCACUGAUAAGGCCAGUGUAGGUACAAGUGCACACAUACACGCACCUGCGCCUGUAGCCGCGCGUGGGGAUGCAGACAGCGAUAGCAAACCCAACACCCAAGGACCGACUGUCUCAGGUGGGACCGGAGCCCCAAAAAUCGGGCCGACAGGUGCAAGUGACCCGCCCAGGGCAAAGGUGCAAUUGAAUGCCAAUGCCACGGUGCAUGUCAACGCAGAUGACCGAAGUUCGGAACCCAUUCGUGUCGUGGUGCGGUCGCCGCCGCGCUCGCCGGACGCAAAGCGGGAUCACGGCGCACCAUUGCGGGACGGGGUGUGUGCCCUAUCGCCGGCGAUGAGGGCAAGGGCGGGUGGUUCGGCUGAUGUGAGUGCGAAUGCCAGUGCACAGUACUCGUACGUAGUACUACCAGAGCAUGAGCAUACAGACCUCAGCGACGAAGGCACACCCGGGCAACACCCGCGACAGAGCCAGACAGACGCCAACACCACCAUAGCCACAGCAGUACACAGGAAGACAUGGGGCAGCGCAGACGGCGACCCAGGGACACAGACCAACAGCCGACCAACCCCCAACACAUACACGCACAUGCGGCCGGCGGGGGGUGAGCAUGUGCGAGGGAACGUGUCUGGCAUAGAGAAAGGGCUGGGGGUGUAUGGCGCUAGCGGGGAUGGAGACAGAGUUGGGGAGCGUGUAGGGGCGAGGGGGUACGACGUGCGAGAGCGUCUGGAUGUGAUGGUGCUGAGUGAUCUGUUUGACUAUGCGUCGGGCGAGUCGAAUAUCGACCAUCCCAUGUGCGCAGAGUGUGCGGAUCAGCUGGUACGAGUGCUGGAAGACCAACUCGACGAAGCGAAGGCGGAGGAGAAGAUGUACACAGAUUUUGUAGACUCGCACUACUCAGAUGAGCAAGAGAUCAUCCAACAGGCCCAGCACGACAAGGAACAACUGGCUAUUUACGCGGCAGAAGAAGCAGAGCUCAUUGCGCAGUUAGAAGUUAUUGAGAACGAACGAGCCGAAACCAGAGCCGAUGUGAUAAGGCUGUCAGCAGAGCGUGACGAAUUGAAAACAGACGAAGAAAUGUUCUGGAAAGAAGUCAAUGAGGUGCAACGCCAAGUUACUGAUUUCGUGCAGACCAGUGCACAAGUACACACGAAUCACCAGCACGUACUACACACACUCGAGCGGUUGAAGCGGACGAAUAUCUACAACGACGCUUUCCAUAUAUGGGCAGACGUGCGCGGGUUCGGGACGAUCAAUGAGCUGCGACUGGGAAGAUCUGCCCAUGUGCAGGUGCCAUGGGAGGAAAUCAACGCCGCAUGGGGCCAGGCGGUGUUGUUGCUGGAUACCCUUGCAAGCCAUAUAGGGCUGACGUUCUCCCUCUUCAGACUGCACCCCCAGGGAUCACGCUCUAGACUGGAACGACUCGACAACGGACAGCAUUUGGAUCUGUGGUUGUCGUCUGGCCUGCAGGUCUUUAAGACCGCGUCGUACGAUCAGGCUAUGGUGGCAUAUCUCAACUGUUUACACGACCUGAGCAAACGUAUCGAGGUCAUGGAUCAGCGCUUCAAGCUGCCUUACGAGCAAACGCCCAGUCAGAAGGACAAAAUCGGCGGCGCGUCCAUCAAACGAGGGCUGCCCAACACGGAUGAAAAAUGGACCAAGGCGUGCAAGUUUACGCUCACCAAUCUCAAGUGGUGCCUGACCUGGAUCUGCAAGUGUGUGCCAGACACUCAGGACAGGUGA